AUGUGCCUCCAGCUUGCAGACCGUUCAAUCCGGUACCCAAAAGGGGUAGUGAAAGAUGUCCUUGUCCGUGUUGGGAGACUCAUUGUCCCUGUGGAUUUCGUCGUCCUGGAUGUGGGGGACGUACAGAAGAAUGGGAAGGAUCACACCAUCCUUCUAGGCAGACCAUUCAUGGCCACCACAAACACCCUCAUCGAUGUGAAGAAUGGGACCCUGAACAUGACCGUCUUGGGCGAGUCCGUUUUUAUUUCAGUCCGAGAAGCCACAUCUACAUCCUCAGUGAACUUUGUAGAGGAGUGCGCCUUUGUUGAUGUUAGUGACCCGUGUGUGGAAGAGAUGACUAUACGUGACUUCGAAGAGAGGACAAUGCCUGAUCUAGACGAUGAAGAAGAGCCAACCAUUGAGCUCUUUGCCGUUGACGAGCCCCACACACUGACUCCGACCACAUUAGAAUUGAAGGAGCUGCCCCGACACCUCAAGUAUGUGUUCCUUGAUGACGAGAAGCAAAAGCCGGUAAUCAUCUUCGCUGAGCUUUCGCUUAACGAGGAGAAGGAACUAAUUGAUGUGCUCAAGAAGAAUCAGAAGGCGAUUGGGUGGAGCCUCGGAGACAUUAAGGGCAUCAGCCCUUCCACAUGCAUGCACCGGAUAAUCCUAGAAGAAGGUGCCAAGCCAUUUCGGGAUAGCCAGCGGCGGCUCAACCCGAAUAUGAUGGAAGUCGUAAAGAAGGAGGUGCUCAAGCUCUAUUCAGAAGGACUCAUUUAUCCAGUGGCGGACAGCGAAAGGGUCAGCCCCAUACAUGUAGUUCCGAAGAAAGGGGGUAUCACGGUUAUCGAGAACAAGAAGAAGGAGAUGGUCCCCACCCGAAUCACUACCAGGUGGAUAAUGUGCAUAGACUAUCGGCGCCUCAAUGCCGUGAUAAAGAAGGAUCACUUCCCGUUACCCUUCAUCGAUCAAAUUCUCGACCGUCUCUCGGGCCAUCAGUUCUACUGCUUCUUAGACGGACUCUCCGACUACUACUAA